UCACAAGGUAAAUUUAAUCCUACAAAAAUUCUGUGCAAAGAAUCUAAUGUGCAACUUUCAACACACAUCCAAUGGCAAACUCCUUCAUCAUGUUACAAAUUUUCUUCUUCUUCUUCAUCUUCUUCAUACCAUUUCUACAUUUCCACCAUUGCCAUUCUCAACCCUUACUAACCCUUCAAUCUUUACUCAUAACUUUCCAUGCAAGAGGCACAACAAAUUAUUGUCCUAGUAGCAUUACAUCUAGUGUUGCCAUAAAUCUUCCUACACCACCAAACUCAUCCUUAACACUUGUUUGCUACAACAACAUUAUCACACAACUUCACAUUAGUGGCAAUAUCAACAACAAAGCCCAUGAAACUAUUUCAACAAAAGAAUUUUUUGACACUAUUUCCAAUAUAUUUCCUAGCUUAAAAGUACUCUCAUUAGUUUCUUUAUCCCUUAAUGGCCAUUUACCAGCUUCUAUACUAGCUAACACUUAUAAAGAUUUGGAAAUUUUAAACAUUAGUUCAAAUUAUUUUCAUGGUCAUAUACCAUUUGAGCUUUCUUACUUAAAAAACCUACAAACUCUAGUUCUUGAUCAUAACAACUUCUCGGGAAAAAUCCCAGAUUGGAUUGGCUAUUCACUUUCAUCCUUAACUGUUUUAAGCUUAAAAAACAACUCCCUUGAUGGAUUUUUACCAUUUUCGAUAUCUCGAUUAGUCUCUCUUCGAGUUCUCGAUAUAUCGAUAAAUCGUUUAUAUGGUGAUGUCCCAGUUGACUACAAGAACUUGACUAACCUUCAAGUUUUUAACAUUGAAAAAAACCAAUUUGGUCCUAGUUUCCCUGUUUUGCAUAACAGAUUGUUAGUUUUAGUACUUAAGGAUAACCAUUUCACUAAUGGGAUUCAAGGGUAUGAUUUACAAUCAUUUUACCAGCUUCAAAAACUCGAUAUUUCUAUGAAUGAAUUCAAUGGCCCAUUUCCAGAGUUCUUGUUUUCACUACCUGCAUUAUCUUAUUUAAACAUAUCUAGAAACAAGUUUACUGGAAAGCUAAGUGAAAACAUAACUUGUGGCAAUGAACUUGUAUAUAUCGAUUUUUCGUUUAAUAGGUUUACUGGAGAGUUACCUAGUUGCAUGGAAAGAGAUAGUAGUAUUAUUAGUACUAGUAGUAAUAGUAAUGUUUUAUAUAAUGGGAACUGUUUGACCAAUGUGGACCGUAAACAACAGCAUAACGCUUCGUUUUGUCAUAACGAAGCGUUAGCUGUUAUGAUAAAUCCGCCUGUAAGUCAUGGGAACGAUUCGUCGAAAACGUCUAAGGCUAAAGUGGUGGUUGCUUCAAGUGUUGUUGGAGGUGUUGUGGUUGGAGGGUUUGCUGUGUUUGGUGUGGUGUUGGUUGUUAUUAGAAGUGAGUUUUUUGGAGGUGGAUGUGCAGCUACACCUCAGAUUAGAGUUUUACUUGAAAAGGUUUCACCUGCUUAUACUAUCAAAAUGCUCACAGAUGCAAGAUACAUAUCAGAAACAAUGAAGCUGGGAGCUCUUGGAUCUCCAGCAUAUCGAACUUAUGUUUUAGGGGAACUGGUCGAGGCCACAAAUAACUUCCACACGUCGACUCAUUUGGGCAAUAGUUCUCACGGCCAGCUUUACAAAGGACAGCUUGGUGAUGGCACCAUGAUCGCUAUCAGAAAAAUCAAAACGAAAAAGAAGUGUACUGUUCAGAGCUGUACUCGCUACAUUGAGCUCAUUUCUAAACUCAAGCACCCCAACCUGGUCAACCCCAUUGGUCACUGCUUUGACCGCCAGCCAAACGAGUCAUCAAUCAUCCGUGGUGUAUUUCUCGUGUUUGAAUUUGUCCCAAAUGGAACACUCAGAGCCUCCUUAAAUGCCGGACAGAAACUCUCUUGGGCACAAAGGCUUGCAGCUGCUAUCGCCAUUUCAAAAGGAAUACAAUUUCUUAACACGCGGGUCACACAAAAGCUAUUCCCGAAUAACCUUAAAAUAACAGAUGUUUUGUUGGAUCAAAGUUUUCAUGUGAAGAUCAGUGGCUACAAUCUUCCUUUGUUAGCAGAAACUAAGGUGGCUUCUACACAUUCUGUCUCCAGAUCAAGUGAAACACUUGGUGAAAGAUUUGACAUUGAGGAGAAUGAUCACGAUCAUAUAUACGAUUUGGGAGUUAUCUUAAUGGAACUCAUACUUGGAAGAGCGAUCAUUUGUAUCAAUGAUAUAACUAUAGCAAAAGAUAUGUUACAAGUAAGUUUGGUGGCCGAUGAGGUAGCUCGACGGAGCAUAUUGGAUCCUUCGGUUCGUAAGGAAUGCUGUGAUGAAUCCUUAAAGAAUCUAAUGGAGCUUUGUGUGAGAUGCCUUUCUAAGGACCGGCCUUCCAUUGAUGACGUGUUAUGGAAUCUUGAGUUUAUAUCUCAAGCUCAUACGUCAUCAAUGCAAGAUUUUAGUAGUCAAAAUUCAACACCAAGUGAUACAGUUGUGUCUGUAGACGAAGCUGAAUAAUAGGUUAAAAACUGUGUAUUUAUUCUGAAAUAACACCAUCCCUGACAUUCUAUGUGUACAAGUAUAAGGUAAGAGUUUUGUUCACGGGGUUUGAAAUGGAAAGUGUGCUUGAACGAUUUCCCUAUUGAGCAAACCCCACGAACACUUUUUAUUCCAAGUUAAAA